CACUGUUAUGUUCUGUAGGUACCUGGCUAAGACCUGGAACCCCAAAAGCAUCUGUCAGACUGGAAUGUUGGGUUCAUUUUUCAAGAAUUCAGAAUUGGGAAAGAUCAUCUAAAUUUGUUCAGGACAGUUGCUGGAAGGUGUUACACGAUUUGUUAACAUAGAAAUCGUGCUCCGAUACUUUUCUUCUAAAUAAUCACCAUGAAUGUGACAAGCUUGUUCUCCUUCACAAGCCCAGCUGUUAAAAGACUGCUGGGGUGGAAGCAAGGGGAUGAAGAGGAAAAGUGGGCAGAGAAAGCUGUUGAUGCCUUAGUUAAAAAACUUAAGAAGAAAAAAGGAGCAAUGGAAGAGCUGGAAAAGGCAUUAAGUUGUCCUGGUCAGCCAAGCAACUGUGUUACAAUUCCUCGUUCCUUAGAUGGCAGACUUCAGGUGUCUCAUCGCAAGGGACUUCCUCAUGUAAUUUACUGUCGUGUGUGGCGCUGGCCCGAUCUUCAGAGCCAUCAUGAACUUAAACCAUUGGAAUGCUGUGAGUUUCCCUUUGGUUCAAAACAGAAGGAAGUCUGCAUCAAUCCCUAUCAUUACAAACGAGUGGAAAGCCCAGUUCUUCCUCCUGUGCUUGUUCCUAGACACAGUGAAUACAACCCUCAGCACAGUCUCCUGGCUCAAUUUCGCAACUUGGGACAAAACGAGCCUCAUAUGCCGCAUAAUGCUACUUUUCCAGACUCUUUCCAGCAACCCAACAGUCACCCAUUCCCCCAUUCACCAAACAGUAGCUAUCCAAAUUCCCCUGGAAGCAGCAGUGGCACCUACCCUCAUUCACCUGCCAGCUCUGACCCAGGAAGCCCUUUUCAGAUGCCAGCUGAUACUCCCCCUCCUGCUUACCUACCUCCAGAAGAUCAGAUGACCCAGGAUGGUUCACAGCCAAUGGAUACCAAUAUGAUGGCACCUUCAAUUCCUUCGGAAGUAAACAGAGGAGAUGUUCAGGCAGUUGCUUAUGAAGAGCCAAAACACUGGUGCUCUAUUGUCUAUUAUGAACUCAAUAAUCGUGUUGGAGAGGCAUUCCAUGCCUCUUCCACAAGUGUGUUGGUGGAUGGCUUCACUGAUCCCUCAAAUAACAAGAACAGGUUUUGCCUGGGGCUCUUGUCAAAUGUUAACCGGAAUUCUACUAUUGAGAACACUAGGCGGCAUAUUGGCAAAGGAGUUCAUCUGUAUUAUGUCGGUGGAGAAGUCUAUGCAGAGUGCCUUAGUGACAGUAGUAUAUUUGUGCAAAGUCGAAACUGCAAUUACCAUCAUGGCUUCCAUCCAACUACAGUCUGCAAAAUUCCAAGCGGCUGCAGCUUAAAAAUUUUCAACAACCAAGAAUUUGCUCAACUUUUAGCUCAGUCAGUGAACCAUGGCUUUGAAACUGUAUACGAACUCACUAAGAUGUGCACUAUUCGUAUGAGUUUUGUAAAGGGUUGGGGAGCUGAAUAUCACCGGCAAGAUGUCACAAGCACACCAUGUUGGAUUGAAAUUCAUUUGCAUGGUCCCCUUCAGUGGCUGGAUAAAGUUCUUACACAGAUGGGCUCUCCUCAUAACCCAAUCUCUUCUGUGUCUUAAAAGGAUUCUGAACUUCAGAAUCUAGUGAGCCUUGCAUGUACUUGAAGGAUGUAUGAGUCAGACACAUGUACAAAACUGGCAGCAGCCUGUAUUAUACUUGAUAUCUGUGACCAAUUAUUAGAUCAGGAAGAAAGCUCUUACUAAGUUACUAAGUUAUUAAAAACAUUCAAUUUUCACAAUAGUAAUCUCUUUCCAAUCUUUAGGCAGGGGAUUGUAAUAGCUAGGGAUGGCCAACUUAAUGUAAAUUGAAAACUGUUCUCAAGCAGUCUUAUUUAGAACACUAACAUUACCAUAUGUGACUCAUUCAUUGUACUGUGUGUUCUGAAAUGAAUACCCAACAUUGACAGUUACACUCAAUUAAAGGAAAGUUUGCAUCGGUAUUUGAAAGUCUUGGUAAUAGUAGCUAUCUUGGGGGAAAAAGGCUUCUGUGUAAUCUUCUGAAACUGUGUACUGACCAUACUGCUGCAAGAAUUUUUAGGUAUGCUCUUUCCUAAAUGUAUGUACAGUGUAUUUGGAAUUUAGAGGUGGACAAGAAAUUAGAUAGAUGGGGGAAGUGGGUGGGAAGUGAAGCUGACAAGGACAGGUAGAAUUAUACUGUAAACAUAGCUUGUUAAAACAAGACCAAGUCUUGCUGUGUGUAUUUCACUUUUAAUAGUGGCUUCAUCUUAAUAUUAACUGAUAUUUCUGCCAUCUGCAGCUUCAUAGAGAAAGGGUGGGUCAAUAAAUGCUUUUGCCGUGUACUGCAUGGUCUGUAGAUUUCAAGACAAAACUGUACAGUCUUUAAAAAAUUGGGCAGUUUUAUGCAGUUCACAUAACAGAAGUAACUGUUUCAUUUUGUAAGACUUUUGUGUUUUGCCAACUUAGCAGAUGUUAGCUCAUGUUGGGAGGACUUAAACAACCUAUUCAAGUGUUUCAAACUUAAAGGUUAUUUUUUUUACCAUUUUAAUUGUUUUCUUUCUGCUAAUGUUUUUAUAUUCAUUCAAGCUGUAGUACUUUUUUCAGUAUUUUUUUUAAUUCCAAAACUUAGGGGGUUCAUCUCUAUUGAAGUUCAAAUAAACAUAUUGCUUACUUUGAUUAAAACAAUUUCUUAUGCAACUUUGUUAAUAAUGUGAAAAUGCCUAUUAGUUUUAAGAUAAAUGAAUGUUGAUACAUGAAGAGUCGUUAAUGUUUGUACAGGAGUUCAAAAUUAUGACCAUGCAGAAAUGGAUACCCAAAAUUCCCUUUAUGACUCCUUAACGCUUGAGUAUCUUGCCAGUUUCAUAUUGUGGGCUUAAUGGGAAAAAGUUCUUUACAGUUUUCCCCAAGCUUUUAUUUCAUGUUGUAUUUAUCAUAGUUACCAGAGAUAACUACACAUGAGCUUACAUAUUAUGGCACUAAAAAAAAUAAGGAAUGCCUGGUUUGUACAACAUGUUAAGUAUGGUUCUGGCUAAAUAUUUAUCUACAUCUAGCCAUUUGAUUUAUAAACAUAGUUUUGGGGGAUAAUAUGUUGUGCAAACCCAGACACUUCUGCUUUAUUCAAUAAAGGGCUGGUAAACGUAGUAUAAUGUGCGAACCAUUCACAAUAACCAGAGACACGGUAGCAAGAUUCAAAACUGUAAAAGGAAGCAUAAAAAAGUUCAAGCUCAAGUUCUGAUGACAACCAAGCAGUUUUCUUGAGAAUAUGGAAGUCGCUUGCUGUUGCUUUAUUAAACUUUACAAAUCUAGUCUAUAACACUGGUGUUCCCUCAAAGUCUCCUGUCCAAAUUCUUAUCAGGCCUUAGCUUCCAAUCCUGGACAAGAUCAGCCACCAGCUGAGAUGAAGAAACGCAUACCUACACAUAUAUUUUUAGGUUCCCUGUUUCAAGGAUACUAUGAUCUUUUUGAAGUCAUGGACACAACUUUAUUUUAAAACCAUCCAUUUUUGUAGAUGCUGAUCAGAUACCUUUCACUACCAAUAUCUCAGCUGAAGAUUCAAGGGACUGGCGCUCCUACACUAAAAAGCACAUUUUACUCACACCUUAAAGAUUCUUAAAUGUUUCCAUUCUUUAUAUAAGAAUUUUAAAAAGAGCUGAUAGCCAGGAAUAGUUUAAUUACUAUUUGUGUCUGUUCUUUUGGAUUUGAAUAGAAAAAAGGCCUUCCUGUCCCAUUACAGGUGAUAAUUUGCCUAAACACAUUAGCACAAUCUUAUUACCAGUUCUUGUGUUCAUG